CUGCCGGCUGCCUCUCAGGAUGAGGAAAUCAAUGUGUGGCGGAGCUUUACAAUGCUGAAUUGCUGCUUUGGAUCACCGCGCGUGAGUCACGGGCCUCAGCCUCGAUCCAGCGUAUCAAAAGGUCAUUGGUAAAGCGAAUGCUAUGCUUCAACUACUUGUCUUGCGCCUGCCAUUGAAGAAAGUGGCGGCAAAAACACUGAUCACAGCACAGCACUGCGGCUGACGACCAUCUUUUCGUGACCAUGCCAAGACAUGGAGCAAGAUCAAAGGAGUUGUUAAAACUGGACGGGCGAACACUGGAAGGAGGAGGUCAACUGCUUCGUAUCGCCUUCUGUUUAUCAGCACUCACUGGCACGCCAGUCCAUAUUCAUGACAUACGAGGAGGCAGAAGCGGCGGCGGCGGCUUGAAACCACAACACCUAGCAUGUGUCCAAUGGCUUGCGCAAGCAUGCAAUGCUCGUCUCUCCGGCGCAGGCAAGGGAAGCAAGACUCUUACCUUCACACCCGGGACUCUCGAGAGUGAAGUGCCGGCAGUGUUCAAGAAGAUUUCCAAGAACGAAGAUGGCCAGUUUUACGAAUGUCAUCUUGAUAUUGGCACCGCAGGCAGUACUGGUCUCGCCCUCCAGGCCAUACUACCUUUCGUUCUGUUCACGCACCUCCCCACGGAAUCUCCCAUGUAUCUGCGUAUCAGUGGAGGCACCAAUGUUUCUGGCUCGCCAUCGUACGAAUACAUCAAGCAUGUGCUUCUACCAACACUGAGGUCCAUCGGCUUUCCAGAGAUCGAAUCAGUCCUGGCGAAACGUGGGUGGAGCCAAGGCGGUACCAGAAUAGGCAACUUCACGCUCAAGAUUCCUGCUCGACUGGAAAUCACACUGCCCGCAUUCCAAUACAGGCCACAGAACCUCGAAACCAAGCCGCUGGAGCCGAGCAAUCUUCGUGCAAUCUUUAUUGGACCAACGAGCUGUCAUGAGCACUUCCGCAAGGUGCUUCUGCCCGCCGCCUCGCACCACUUUGGAGAUUCCAUAUUAUCCGACAUAGGUUCGAAAGCCUCAAACAAGCUCAUCAUCGAGUGCGAGAACAGUCAGCAUGAUAAGCGCAUGUACUUCAUACUCGUUGCGACUGUCCCCCGCCCAGAUGGCCAAGGAUCAUAUACGCUCGGCAGAGACUGGCUUUACCAGCGCAAAAUCUCAAGCCAUCAACGAGCAACAACUGAAAUGGUUGAGAAGGUUACGAAUGACCUGGCAAACGAAUGGGCUUCCGGUGCUUGGGUCGACGAGCACAUGCGGGACCAAUUGGUCAUUUUCCAAGCUCUAGCGAAAGGACGAUCUGAGGUCUUCGCAGGUUGGGAUCUAGAUGAGAGUGAGCAGUUGAGGGAGCCCAGUCUGCAUGCAAGGACGGCUGAAUGGGUUGCAAAGCAAUUGCUUGGCGUGACAUUCGAUGUUGAGGGCAGCUGCGAGGGUAUUGGAUUUGAUGGGAGUAGGCGCGAUGAGGCAGAUGUGGCCGCUGGAAUUGCAAGUCUUGACCUGGGCUGAACUUGAUGCGCACAGAUGCCUCGGAACACAUGACUGCUCUUUGGAUGUAAGGCUCAGAGUGAGGCUGAGUUGCAAACCCCAUCUGCACACUGCACAGCGUCGGAUGACACUCAUCCAGAUGGUAGCAGUUGUUGCACUCAGCACUUUCAUGGUGCCCUCGUAAGAUCUCAGGUCACAAGAUCGAAGAUUGAGAGGCCGAGACCGCGAAGUCACUGAUGCCCAGUCUAUUCUGGUGCUCCUGCCGGCAUCAAGACCAGCAUCUUCGGUCUUCCACAUUCGGUGGUACGAGUGUCAGCCGGCAACCUGGUGAUGUCGAUGCCGGUCGCUCGGCGCAGCGUCGUCGUUGCUUUGGAGGUCGCCAUUGGACUGUAGAGUACAAGUCAGAAUCCAUACGGCGGUUCCAGUUCGAGUGCGACCCGCGAAUCCGUUGCAAGGGCACACAGAUAAAUAAAUGUUUGAAGAACUUUGCGACUCCGCGAAACUU